AUGAAGCUCUUCAAGUCCAGCACCCCCGAGCAACAGCUCGGGUCGCUGAGGUCUCAGAAGUGGGAAGUCGAAUGCACGGCCGAACAUGUGCAGCCGAAGCCUGGCUGCAAGCUCGUGGACCCAUGCCGUGUGGAGGGCGCGCAGGAGACGCAGAAGGUGGCGCAGAAGAUCAUCGAGGGCAAGACGCCCACGCCCACGGAGGUGGUGAACUACUUCAAUGGCGAGUUGAAGAAGCGUAUCUGCUUCCUUGAUGGCGGCAUGGGAACCCGCAUCCAGGCAGAGAGUUUGGAGGAGGCGGACUACCGUGGAGACCGGUUCAAGGACUUCAGCGAGAAGGACGCCAAUGGCAUUCCUGUGUCCCUGAAGGGCAACAAUGACCUCCUGAUCUUUAGCAAGCCGGACAUGGUCAAGGACAUCCACAAGGAAUAUUUCAUGGCUGGCUCGGACAUCUGUGAGACCAACACCUUCAACGGCACCACCAUCUCGCAAGGCGAGUACAAGAUGCAGGCCGUUGUGCAUGAGAUGAACAAGGUGGGAGCAGAGCUGGCCAAGAAGGCCGCGGCCGAGGUGACGAAGGAGGAGCCGCACAAGCCCCGGUUCGUGGCUGGGGCGGUUGGACCCACCAGCCGCACGCUGAGCGUGUCGCCCAGUGUGGAGGACCCAUCCUUCCGCAACGUAACCUGGGAUGAGUUGGUUGAUGCCUACAAGCAGCAGGUCAGUGGUCUCGUGGAUGGCGGUGUCGACCUCCUGAUGAUCGAGACGGUCUUCGACACCCAGAACUGUAAGGCCGCCAUCUUUGCGGUGGAUCAGUAUUUCCUGGAGACGAAGAAGGAGCGACUCCCCGUGAUGCUCAGCGCCACGAUCGUGGACAACAGUGGCCGCACCCUCUCUGGGCAAACCAUCGAGGCCUUCUACGUGAGCGUGAAGCACGCGCAGCCCUUCACUGUCGGCAUCAACUGUGCCUUGGGCGCUGGCCAGAUGAAGGGCUUCUACAAGAAGCUGGCCGACAUGAACACGGGCUGGUGCCAUGUCUACCCCAAUGCCGGCUUGCCCAACGCCAUGGGUGGCUACGAUGAGGACCCCGAGAUCUUCUCCACCAACAUCUUGGACUACGCCAAGGAUGGCAUCCUGAACUUUGUCGGGGGCUGCUGCGGCACCUUCCCCUCCCACAUUGCGGCGGUCUGCAAGAAGGUGAAGGACUGCCCGGUGCGCAAGCUGCCGGAGAUUCCCAAGUACCCAACAAUGAUGCUUUCUGGCCUGGAGCCAUGCAGUGUGGACAAGGAGGCGGGCUUCCAGUGGGUCGGUGAGCGUUGCAACCUGAUGGGUUCGGCCAAGUUCAAGAAACUUGUGGAUGCCUACAAGUGGGAUGAGGCAAUGGAGGUUUGCGUCGCCCAGUGCGAGAAGAAGGCAGACAUCCUGGACUUCAAUUUCGACUCCGACCUUAUUGACGGGCAGUCGGCCAUGAGCAAGUUCAUGAGACUCUGCGUCACCGAGCCCACCGUGGCCAAGCUGCCUUUCAUGAUCGACUCCUCAAAGUGGCCUGUGGUCGAGGAGGGCCUGAAGUGUGUGCAGGGCAAGUGCAUCGUGAACUCGAUCUCCCUGAAGGUUGGUGAGGAAGAGUUCCUUCGUCAGGCCAAGCUUUGCAUGCGCUACGGAGCCGCCGUGGUCAUCAUGGCCUUCGAUGAGAAGGGCCAGGCAGCCACGUUCGAGGACAAGGUCCGCAUCUGCCAGCGCAGCUACAGGGUGCUGCGAGAGAACCUGGACUUUCCGCCGGAGGAUGUCAUCUUCGACUGCAACGUGCUGACGAUCGCCACGGGCCUGCCGGAGCACAACUCCUACGCCAUCGACUUCAUCAACGCGGUGGCCGAGAUCAAGCGCACCUGCCCGUGCGUCUCCUUCUCCGGGGGCCUGAGCAACCUGUCUUUCUCCUUCCGCGGCCUCAACUCCCUCCGGGACGCCAUGCACACGGUGUUCUUGCAUUAUGCGAUCCCCAAGGGAUUGAACAUGUCCAUCGUGAACCCGGGUGGUCUUCCCCGCUACGAGGAUAUUGACCCAAAGACACGAACACUUGCAGAGGAAGUGAUUCUGAACAAGUCAGAGGACGGCAAUCAUGUGGAGCGGUUCCUUGAUUAUGCGGAGCAAGUGAAGAAGCCGCCCGCUCCGGCUCCUGCUGGUCCGGUAUUGAAAAUCGAGAAGUCCUCGCCCGAGCAGCAGAGCGCAUUCCUCCGAUCCCUGAAGGACACGGUGUCCUGUGAGGCCGAACAUGUGCAGCCGAAGCCUGGCUGCAAGCUCGUGGACCCAUGCCGCGUGGAGGGCGCGCAGGAGACGCAGAAGGUGGCGCAGAAGAUCAUCGAGGGCAAGACGCCCACGCCAACGGAGGUGGUGAACUACUUCAAUGGCGAGUUGAAGAAGCGUAUCUGCUUCCUUGAUGGCGGCAUGGGAACCCGCAUCCAGGCAGAGAGCUUGGAGGAGGCGGACUACCGUGGAGACCGGUUCAAGGACUUCAGCGAGAAGGACGCCAAUGGCAUUCCCGUGUCCCUGAAGGGCAACAAUGACCUCCUGAUCUUUAGCAAGCCGGACAUGGUCAAGGACAUCCACAAGGAAUAUUUCAUGGCUGGCUCGGACAUCUGUGAGACCAACACCUUCAACGGCACCACCAUCUCGCAAGGUGAGUACAAGAUGCAGGCCGUUGUGCAUGAGAUGAACAAGGUGGGAGCAGAGCUGGCCAAGAAGGCCGCGGCCGAGGUGACGAAGGAGGAGCCGCACAAGCCCCGGUUCGUGGCUGGGGCGGUUGGACCCACCAGCCGCACGCUGAGCGUGUCGCCCAGUGUGGAGGACCCAUCCUUCCGCAACGUAACCUGGGAUGAGUUGGUUGAUGCCUACAAGCAGCAGGUCAGUGGUCUCGUGGAUGGCGGUGUCGACCUCCUGAUGAUCGAGACGGUCUUCGACACCCAGAACUGUAAGGCCGCCAUCUUUGCGGUGGAUCAGUAUUUCCUGGAGACGAAGAAGGAGCGACUCCCCGUGAUGCUCAGCGCCACGAUCGUGGACAACAGUGGCCGCACCCUCUCUGGGCAAACCAUCGAGGCCUUCUACGUGAGCGUGAAGCACGCGCAGCCCUUCACUGUCGGCAUCAACUGUGCCUUGGGCGCUGGCCAGAUGAAGGGCUUCUACAAGAAGCUGGCCGACAUGAACACGGGCUGGUGCCAUGUCUACCCCAAUGCCGGCUUGCCCAACGCCAUGGGUGGCUACGAUGAGGACCCCGAGAUCUUCUCCACCAACAUCUUGGACUACGCCAAGGAUGGCAUCCUGAACUUUGUCGGGGGCUGCUGCGGCACCUUCCCCUCCCACAUUGCGGCGGUCUGCAAGAAGGUGAAGGACUGCCCGGUGCGCAAGCUGCCGGAGAUUCCCAAGUACCCAACAAUGAUGCUUUCUGGCCUGGAGCCAUGCAGUGUGGACAAGGAGGCGGGCUUCCAGUGGGUCGGUGAGCGUUGCAACCUGAUGGGUUCGGCCAAGUUCAAGAAACUUGUGGAUGCCUACAAGUGGGAUGAGGCAAUGGAGGUUUGCGUCGCCCAGUGCGAGAAGAAGGCAGACAUCCUGGACUUCAAUUUCGACUCCGACCUUAUUGACGGGCAGUCGGCCAUGAGCAAGUUCAUGAGACUCUGCGUCACCGAGCCCACCGUGGCCAAGCUGCCUUUCAUGAUCGACUCCUCAAAGUGGCCUGUGGUCGAGGAGGGCCUGAAGUGUGUGCAGGGCAAGUGCAUCGUGAACUCGAUCUCCCUGAAGGUUGGUGAGGAAGAGUUCCUUCGUCAGGCCAAGCUUUGCAUGCGCUACGGAGCCGCCGUGGUCAUCAUGGCCUUCGAUGAGAAGGGCCAGGCAGCCACGUUCGAGGACAAGGUCCGCAUCUGCCAGCGCAGCUACAGGGUGCUGCGAGAGAACCUGGACUUUCCGCCGGAGGAUGUCAUCUUCGACUGCAACGUGCUGACGAUCGCCACGGGCCUGCCGGAGCACAACUCCUACGCCAUCGACUUCAUCAACGCGGUGGCCGAGAUCAAGCGCACCUGCCCGUGCGUCUCCUUCUCCGGGGGCCUAAGCAACCUGUCUUUCUCCUUCCGCGGCCUCAACUCCCUCCGGGACGCCAUGCACAGCGUGUUCCUUUACCACGCCAUCCCCAAGGGAUUGAACAUGUCCAUCGUGAACCCGGGAGGCCUGCCCCGAUACGACGACAUCGAUGCCCACUCUCGCAAGUUGGCGGAGGAGGUGAUCCUGAACCAAUCGGCGGAUGGCAAGCAUGUCGAGCGCUUCCUGGAGUACGCAGAGGCAGUGCGCCAGCCCGCCCCAGCCGCUUCCACCGGUGGGGCGGCUCCCGCCAAGGACGCCUGGCGCAGCGGCACUUAUACGGAGCGCCUUCACCAUGGGCUGAUCAACGGCAUUGACAAGUUCAUUGAGCAGGAUACCGAGGAGGCGCGGGCAGCCCUCAACGUCCCGCUGCACGUCAUCGAGGGGCCACUGAUGCAAGGCAUGGGCAUCAUCGGAGACCUGUUUGGGUCAGGCAAGAUGUUCUUGCCGCAGGUCAUCAAGAGCGCGCGAGUCAUGAAGAAGGCUGUAGCCUACCUCACUCCCUUCAUGGAAGAAGAGAGGCGUGCAGCCGCCAUUGCAGCGGGCGAGGACCCCAACCAGCCCAAGUACAACGGAACCGUGCUGAUGGCAACCGUGAAGGGAGAUGUGCACGACAUUGGCAAGAACAUCGUGGGAGUUGUCCUGGGCUGCAACAACUAUAAGGUGAUUGACAUGGGCGUGAUGGUGCCUUGCGAGAACAUCCUGGACAAAGCCGUCGAGGAGAAGGUGGACGUCAUCGGACUCUCGGGGCUGAUCACGCCGUCCUUGGAUGAGAUGGUCUACGUGGCUGAGCAGAUGAAGGCUCGCGGCAUGAAGUUGCCUUUGAUGAUCGGCGGUGCCACCACGUCGAAGCGACACACGGCGGUGAAGAUCACCACGAAGUACGAGAACGGCGUCAUUCACGUCUUGGAUGCAAGCAGAAGCUGCACGGUGGUCAGCGCACUGCUGUCCGCCGACAAGCAGACGUACAUCGACGAGAUCAAGGAGGAGUACGCUGAGAUCAGGGAGGAGUACUACAACACCUUGAUCGACAAGAAGUGGAAGACGCUGGCUGAGGCACAGAAAAAGAAGCCCCAGCUCGACUGGAGCAAGCUGCCGCCGAAGCCGAAGUUCGUCGGCAACAUGUGCCUCAAGGACCAUCCCAUUGAUGAAAUCAUGGAGUACAUCGACUGGACUCCCUUCUUCCAGGUGUACCAGCUGCGAGGCAAGUACCCCAACCGCGACUACCCUCACAUCUUCAAGGACGAGCGCGUGGGCCCCGAAGCAAAGAAGCUCUUUCAGGAGGCGAAGGACAUGUUGGCGUGGAUUGUCAAGGAGGGGCUUCUGAAGUGUUCAGGCGUGGUGGGAAUCCAUCCUGCCAAUGCCGUCGGUGACGACAUCGAGGCUGGGUGGGUCGGGUGGGUCAUUAUGAGUAAGGUCUACACGAACGAGAACCGCGACACCGUGAAAUGCAAGUUCUAUGGGCUUCGCCAGCAGCUGGACAUGGGCGAGUCCACAUACUGGUGCCAGGGUGACUUCAUUGCCCCAAAGGAUGUAGCCCCGGACUACAUCGCUGCCUUCGCCUGCACGGGCGGCAUCGGAUGCCACGAGCAACGCCAGAAGUUCGAGGAGAAGGGUGAGAUUGACCAGGCGAUCUUGCUGGAGGCCGUGGCAGACAGGCUUGCGGAGGCCUUCAGUGAGCUCAUCCACCUGAAGAUCCGAAGCUCGAUGUGA